ACUCGGGGUGUCUCAGGGUUGAACGCCACAGAGAUUGGGGGACCGCUCUGGAGUGUAGAAAGGGCGCUGAGGGGGAACUACUCAAAUUCUCUUUACUUUUCUUGGAUGGGUCUGGCACAGGCCCGUCAAUAUAUACUAAAUGAUCGCUUGGAAUCUGUGAAAACAAAGCUCCACAUUGGUUGAUAUUUGAGAGAAAGAACCCCAACCGGAUUACAGUUGGUGUCGGGGAAAGAAUCGACCAGUAAGUGACAUUACUCAGCAGUUUGGAGGCGGGGAAUAUAGCCUCAGUGGCUUGAAGAAGAGUGCCAGUGCGGAAUGUAUGUUGACGGUCGCUCCUUGGGACCAAAGAGAGAACCUUAUACAGUACAUAAGUGGGCAGCCCAACUCCAGUGAGGGAGCAACUGCAUGCCGGUGGCCUGCCUAUGGUGAGGUGAGGCUGGCAAACUAGCAGAGAUGGAUGUGUUUGGUGGUGCCCCCCGUUUCCUGGCCUACCCUCGCCCCGUAGUAGUGCAGAGUGGCACUGAUGCUGUCCUGAAGUGUCAGAUCGGCGGGGACCCCAGGCCAGCGGUCAUCUGGGAGCGAAACAACGAACAGAUCCACCCAGAGGGUCGCUACCGUCUCUUCGAGGAUGGAAAUGUCUACAAUCUCAUAAUUUCAUCGGUGACCACAGAGGAUAGUGGCCAGUACACAUGCAAGGCCAAGAACAGCAUCGGGGAAACAUAUGCUGCGGCGACCCUGAAGGUGGAGGGUGAGGCCCAAGAGAUGGAGCUCCGGGAGGAGAACAAGCCUCGUUUCCUGAUCAAGCCCCUCUCCACCCGGGUGGGCCGCGGCGAAGACGCAGUCUUCUCCUGUAAGCUGUGGGGAAACCCGCGGCCUGAGGUGGUCUGGGAAAAGGACGGGAGAAAACUCAAUGAGAUAUUUGAGAGUACACAUUUCAAUGUGGGGUACCAGGACGGGGGAUGGUUCCAGCUUAAAAUCUUCAAGACUCGUGCACCCGACGGUGGAGUGUACACAUGCAAGGCCAGAAAUGAGUUUGGAGAGGGGCUGGCUGGAGCCGUGUUGCUCGUCGAUGCAGGCCCGGGUCAUGAGGAAGAGGGAAACCGUAACGGUUACACAAACGGCCACUGGAAAGGCCAUCAAGGCAAACAGAGGAGUGGUAGGCAGCUGACCACACGGCUCAAAGACGACCCAGUGACCAACCAAGCCAAGCAAGUGAAAAUGUUUGCCGUGACAGAGGGCAAGCAUGCCAAAUUCCGCUGCUUUGUGACUGGGAAGCCCAAACCAGAAAUAAUAUGGAGGAAAGAUGGCAGGCUGAUCAUGUCUGGAAGACGGUACCUGUUAUAUGAAGACAGGGAGGGUUACUUCACACUUAAAGUGCUGUAUUGUAAGCAACAGGACAACGGGGUUUAUGUUUGCGCUGCAUCCAACACUGCAGGACAAACCCUCAGUGCUGUACAUCUCUCUGUGAAAGAGCCGCCUGUGCGGUUUAAGCAGCCCCUCAUUGAUCUGGAGGUGUGGGAACGGGACCUGGCUGUUUUGGAGUGUGAGGUUCCUGAGGACUCUGUUCCCAUCACAUGGUAUUUGGAGGACAGGCGGCUACAGCCAGGGGCCAAAUAUGGGAUGGAAGAGUGGGGAACAAAACGACGACUCACUAUUCGUGACAUCGGAGUCGACGACGAUGGGAUUUAUCUUUGCGAGAUGGCGGAUGGGGGGAGGAGUAUUGCUGAGGUGGCAGUUAAAGGCACAAUCGUGCGUAAGCUUCCACGUAAGGUGGAUGUUUUGGAGGGGGAAAAUGCUGCCUUCUGUGUUGAAGUGGAGGAGGAGGAAAUGGACAUACACUGGUACAAAGAGGGGACGGAGCUGCGUGAGACUCAUCAGACCAUCCUGAAGUCCUUUGGAAAAACUCACAUUCUGGUUUUUGUCAACACAACGCCCCAGGAUUCUGGCCUUGUGACCUUCUUUGUGGGAAGAUCCAAAACCUCCUCUCAGCUGAGGGUAAAAGCGGCCAGGCAUAGCCCACCCAGCUGUCCAGUGGGUGUGCAAAUCAACACAGAGCGUGCCAACGCUGCUCUCCUCUCCUGGGUUCCGGCACAGGACACCCGGAAGAACCCCCCAUCGGGUUACGUGUUGGAGAGGCAAGAGGUGGGCACCGGCUCUCAGGAGUGGCUGCAAUGCUUGACCACCGACUCGGCCACCUCAGUGGAGAUUCUUGGUGACAGCGUCCCCUGCGAGGCAGAUUAUCGCUUUCGCAUAUGCAGUGUCAACAAGUAUGGCAGGAGCAACAAUGUGGAGUUCCCAAGGGCAGUUCACCUGGUCCCUGUGACCAGAAUACAAGCCCCACUGCAGGAUGCCUUGGUGCCAGAAGGCCAGGAUGCCUGCUUCUCAAUUGAGCUCACUGCCUCAGUUAUUGGCUCAUGGUUCUUGAAUGGCACUCAGCUUCUGGAGGACGACCGUUACUCCAUGCGGCGGUCUCGAACGCACCAAUCCCUACGCAUACAAGGGGUACGAGACACCGACAACGGGGCUGAGAUCACUUUCAUUGCCUAUGGAAUACGAGAUUCAGCAGCACUCUAUAUUCAAGCUCCUCUAGUGAAGUUCACACCACUGUCAGAGAUGGAUCGUAAUAAAUUUGUUGAACUUGGCAACCCCAUUGUACUCUACUGCGAGUUGUCAGACCCCGCAGUUCCAGUACACUGGUACAAGAAUGGGGUGGAGGUACACACAGUCGAGGGUCUUCAUAUUCAGUCAGAAGGCACAAUGAGGAGAAUUGUCAUCCAAUCGUCAGAGUUCUCCCAUUCCGGAGUGUAUUGCUGUGAUGCCAUUGAUGAUGUCAUAAGGUUCAAUGUGGAAGUUGAGGCUCCACCUGUGAGGUUUUCAGCACUUCCAGAAGCUGAGAGGAACAAGUCCAUUGAAGCAGGCUGCCCCAUUGUACUACAAUGUGAGCUCUCAGAUCCAACUGCCCAGGUGUACUGGUACAAGGAUGGAACAAAGCUCCUACCUCAAAGUGGAAUAGAAAUCCAGUCAGAUGGCAUCACAAGGACACUAGUUGUCCAGUCAGCAGAGAUAUUCUACUCUGGGUCGUACAGCUGCAAGACAAAGGGUGAUGCCAUCAAGUUCAAUGUGGACGUCAAAGUUCCGCCUGUGAGGUUCUCAGUACUUCCAGAAGCCGAGAGGAACAAGGUCAUUGAAGCAGGCUGCCCCAUUGUACUGAAAUGUGAGCUCUCAGAUCCAACUGCCCAGGUCUACUGGUACAAGGAUGGAAUACAGCUCUUUUCAAACCAUGAACUAGACAUCCAAUCAGAAGGCAACAUGAGGACGUUGGUUGUUCAGUCAGCAGAACUGACUCACUCUGGCACUUACAGUUGUACCACAGUGGAUGAUACCAUGGAGUUCCAUGUGGAUAUCAAAGCUGUGCCAGUGACCUUCUCAGCUAUCUUUGAUGUUGAGAAGACCAAGUCGGUUGAAGCAGGCUGCCCUUUUCAACUGCAAUGUGAGGUUACAGAUCCCACUGCCCAGGUCUACUGGUGCAAGGAUGGGGAAAAGCUCCUCCCACAGACUGGAAUGGACAUCCAAUCUAAUGGCACCAUGAGGAGGCUCAUUGUCCAAUCAGCAGAGGUCUUUCACUCAGGGCUGUACAACUGUGAAACUUCUGACGACACUCUCCAGUUUACUGUGGAUAUCAAAGCUCCACCAGUGAAGUUCUUACCUUCACCAGAGGUUGUGAAGAGCCAGCCGUUUCAAGCAACCUGCCCCAUUGAACUACCCUGUGAGAUCUCAGACCCCAUUGCCCAGGUGUCACGGCAGAAGGACAAAGUAGAGCUCAUCUCUGACACUGGACCUUUCGAAAUGGGGGGAAUCAGGAGGAACCUGAUUGUCGAACCGGCACACCCCUCCAACUCUGGGGCGUAUUAUUGUGCUACAGCGGAAGAUGUUGCCCCGUUAAUUGUACAGAACCAAGCUCCACCCAUGACAUACUUGGUUGCCCCUGAAGUUGAGAAGAACAAGUCCAUAGAAGCAGGCCUCUCAAUUGUACAACAGUUUGAGAUUUCAGACCCCAUUGCCCAGGUCUGCUGGGACAAAGAUGGAACACAGAUCUACCCACAUAGUGGACUUGACAGACUAUCAAAGGGCAGCAUAAGGACUUUGUUCAUCCAACCAGAUGACAUGUCCUGUGGUGGGAGGUUUGACUGCCAAACAACUGGCGAUACCACACAAUUUAAUGUGGCCAUCAAAGCAGAGCUGUCUCACCCUGGCAGUGAGAAGGGUGAGAUAUCUGAUGAGUCUUCCCAAUACACUAUGGAUAUCAAAGCUGCACCUGUGAGGGUCUCAGCUGACCAAGCGAUUGAGAAGAACAAGUCCAUUGAAGAGGUCUGCCCCGUUGAGGUUCACUGUGAGCCCUUAGACUCUACUGUCCAGAUCCCCCACUACAAGUACGGUCAACAUCUUCAAACAUAUGGAAUAUAUUCCACGGAGACGCCAAGUCUCCAAUCUGUGGAGCACUUUUCCAUAGAGACACCAACUGUCCAAUCAGCAGAACACUAUUCAAUGGAGACAGCAACUCUCCAUUCACCAGAGCUCUAUGGCUCCAUGGAGACAGCAACCUUCCAAUCAGCAGAGCUAUAUGGCUCCAUGCAGACACCAACUGUCCAAUCAGCAGAACUCUAUGGCUCCAUGCAGAUACCAACUCACCAAUCAGCAGAGUUCUGUGGCUCCAUGCAGACACUAACUCUCCAGUCUGCAGAGCUCUAUGAUUCUGUGCAGACACAAACUCUUCGAUCAGCAGAGCUCUAUGGCUCCAUACAUACACCAACUCACCAAUCAGCAGAGGUCUGUGGCUCCAUGCAGACACCAACUAUCCAGUCUGCAGAGCUCUAUGAUUCUAUGCAGACACAAACUCUUCAAUCAGCAGAGCUCUAUGGCUCCAUACAUAGACCAACUCACCAAUCAACAGAGGUAUGUGGUUCCACGCAAACACCAACUUUCCACCCAACAGAGGUCUGUGGCUCAAUACAGACACCAACUCUCCAAUCAGCAGAGCUCUGCUGCUCAAUGAAGACACCAACUCUCCAAUCAGCAGAGCUCUAUACCUCCAUGAAGACACCAACUCUUCAACCAGCAGAGCUCUAUCAAUUAGAAGAAUGUGACAGUCAAUUGGAUGACGAUGACAUUGCAUUUAAGGUGGAUGUUGAAGCACCUCCUGUGAGGAUCACAACACCUUGUGAAGCUGAGAGGAACAAGUCCGUUGCAGCAGGCGGUCCCAUUGUCCUGCGUUGUGAGAUAUCAGACCCAAAUGCACACGUUUCCUGGUACAAGGACGGAACACUGCUACAUGAAGAGAAUGGACUAGAAAUGCAAUCAAAAGGUUCCAUAAGGACAUUGGAUGUGGAAUCUGCAAGGCUGUCUGAUUCAGGGAGCUACAGCUGUAAGACAACAGAUGAUGCAAUGCAGUUUCAUGUGGAUGUGAAAGCUCCACCUCCGAAGUUUUCAGCAAUUUCUGAAGCUGACAAGAAAAAGUACAUCAAAUCAGGCUACCCCAUUGUACUGGAAUGUGAGCUCUCAGAUCCGUCCAUCAAGGUGGACUGGUACAAGGAUGGAACAAAGAUCCUAACCAAAAGUGGAGUAGACAUACAAUCAGAUGGAACUAUGAGAACUCUAGUUAUCCAAUCAGCCGAGCUGUCUCACUCUGGAGUGUACCGUUGCGAGACAAUGGAGGAUGGCCUCCAAUUCACUGUGGAAGUAAAAGCUCCACCUGUGAGGUUCUCAGCACUUCCAGAAGCUGAAAGGAACAAGUUCAUUGAAGAUGGCUGCCCCAUUAUACUGCAAUGUGAGCUCUCAGAUCCAACUGCCCAGGUGUACUGGUACAAGGAUGGAACAAAGCUCCUAUCUCAAAGUGGAAUGGAAAUCCAGUCCGAUGGCAUCAAAAGGACACUACUCAUCCAAUCAGCUGACAUAUCACAUGGUGGAACAUAUGAGUGCUCAACAGCAGGUGAUACCAUCACAUUUAAAGUGGAGAUCAAAGCUCCAUCACAGAAGAUCAUGCCACUUUCACCAAUGGAGAGGAACAAGUCGGUAGAAAUUGGCACUCCCAUUGUACUGCAGUGUGAGCUCUCAGAUCCUCUAGCCCAGGUCUGCUGGUCUAAAGAUGAAAUGAAACUAUUUCCCAAAACUGGCCUCGAUAUCCAAAGUGAAGCCAAUGUGAAGAGACUAGUAAUUCACUCUGCGGAGCUCUCUGACUCUGGGCUCUACUGCUGUAGUCUUGCUGACGAUGCAAUGACAUUCAAGGUGGAUGUUCAAGCUCUUCCCGUGAGGUUUUCAGCACUUCCAGAAGUUGUGAGGAACAAGUUCAUUGAAGCAGGCUGCCCCAUUGUUCUACAAUGUGAGCUCUCAGAUCCAACUGCCCAGGUGUUCUGGUACAAGGAUGGAACAAAGCUCCUCCCAGAGAAUGGAGUCGACAUCCAAUCAGAGGGCGCUUUGAGGGCUGUGAUCCUCCAAUCAGCAGAGCUCUGUCACUCUGGGGUGUACAGCUGUGAGGCUUUAGAUGACUGCAUAGCAUUCAAGGUGGAUGUUGCAGCACCUAUAGCUCCACCAGUGAGGUUCUCAGCUGCCCCAGAGGUUGAGAGGAACACGUCCAUUGAAGCAGGCUGUCCUAUUGUACUGCAAUGUGAGCUCUCAGACCCCAGUGGACAGAUCUGUUGGUACAAGGAUGGAAUAAAGCUCCUCCCACAAUAUGGAAUACACAUCCAAUCAGAGGGCACCAUGAGGACCCUGGUUAUCCAAUCAGCCACAUUUUCAAGCUCUGGGGUGUACAGUUGUAAAACAGCAGAUGAUAUCAGCGAAUUCUAUGUGGAUGUGAAAGCACCUCCGGUGACGUUUGUUGAUAUACCUGAGGAAGACCUCUUCAAAAGUGUUGUGGAACAAGAUCGUCUUGUUAUGUCCUGUGAGGUUUCCAGGGUUGACGCCAUUGUCCAGUGGUACAAAGAUGGGGUUGAAACGCAGUCUAGUGACAACAUUGCUGUACAAGCAGAUUGCACUGUUAGGAUGCUGACCAUCCAGUCAGCUCAGCUGUCAGACUCUGGGACAUACACAUGUCGUGCCGGAGACAGAGCUUUAAUGUUCAAGGUUAACAUACGAGAGCCACCAGUGAUGAUUGUAUACCCUAAAGAAGAUGUCCACCUCGAUCGGCAUGUGCCGGAGGAGAUCAUUCUCAGCUGUGAACUCUCACGUCUAAAUGGUGUCGUAAACUGGUUCAAGGAUGGGCAAAAGUUGCAAGAAAGCGAAAACAUUAAACUUAAGAUUGAGGGCCCUUACAGGCGACUGAAGAUUCUUUGUAGUGGAGUCGAAGACUCUGGCGAAUAUGUCUGUGACACGGCUGAUGAUUCAAUAUUCUUUAAUCUCAGCAUAACAGAGCCUCCAGUACAAAUUAUAUCUCCAAGUCAGUCGCAAAUGGAGCUCUGCCAGCAAACAUCUGAGAGGAUGGUAUUGAGCUGUGAGAUCUCAAGGCCCAAUGCUGUGGUGCGCUGGUAUAGGGACGGGCUUGAGGUGGAGGAAAAUGACAACCUCAUCUUAGAGGUGGAUGGGGUCUACAGGAGACUCAUUAUACCUGAGACCACAGUCAAAGAUUCAGCCGAAUAUGUGUGCGAUACGGCUGAUGACAACAUGACGUUCUUUGUCAACAUUGCAGAUCCUCCUGUCCGUUUCGUACGCCCAAGAAAGAUGGCAAGUCGGGUUGAGAUGUUUGUUGGAGAUUCUUUGGUUCUUGACUGUGAGGUGUCCAGAUCAAAUGCCACUGUAAACUGGAAGAAGAAUGGGGAGGAAAUGGAAGAGAGCAGCAAUGUCACCGUUAUUGAGGAUGGCGUCAUGCGGCAAUUAACCAUCCACUCCAUGACAUUGGAGGACGCUGGGCAAUAUGUUUGUGACGCCAAGGAUGAUGUGAUGGACUUCCAGGUCAAGAUCAAAGAGACACCUGUAAAGAUCCUGAGCAAAAACAAUGUGAAUACUCAAAAGCAGUUCUUCGCAUCAGAUGACAUUGUCUUAGGGUGUGAGCUUUCAAGAGCCAACUGUAUGGUCGUCUGGUACAAAGACAACAAAAAAAUAGAUGACAAUGAGCGCUACUGUAGUGAGGAGCAGGGUGCUUUCCGUUCACUGGUGGUUUUAAAUGCUGAGACUGAGGACUCUGGAGAGUACACCUGUGAUGCCGGGGAUGAUAAGAUGGUGUUCUGUAUCACCGUGAAAGAACCCCCUGUGACCAUCAUUGGCAACUCGGGUAACCCAGAACAUCAUAGCCUGGUCGCAGGCGACAAACUCAUCUUGGAGUGCGAGAUAUCUUGUCCGAAUGCCACUGUCCAGUGGCUUUGGAAUGGAAAGUUACUGAGUUCAGACGCUCGCACUCACAUAGACAGUGACGGUGCCACCAGGAAACUUGUUUUGUCAGGACUUCAGCCCUCGGACUCUGGAGAGUACAUAUUGGAUGCCAUCAAUGACAAAAUGGUAACCAUAGUUGAGGUCCAAGAGCCCCCAGUCAAGUUUGUGAACAAACAAGCCAAAACCACCAUCUCAGGCUACGAAAAUGAAAGUGUGACACUGUGUGCCAUGGUGAACCGGGAGCAAGCCUAUGUGCGAUGGCUUAAAGAUGGUGAACUAUUGAAUGGGGAUAAUAUUCACAUCUCCAGUGCGGGUAAAAUGCACACCCUCACCAUCAACCCCCUGAAACUAUCAGAUAGUGGAGGGUUUGUCUGUAACAUCAACACGGAUGAAAUGUAUUUCAUUGUCCAGGUCAAAGAAAUGAAAGUGAAAUUCUCCAGACCUCUGCAGAAUAUCGUAGCCCUGAAGGACAGUACCCUUACCCUGAGGUGUGAGGUCAACAAACCUAAAGGAGAUGUUCAGUGGCUCAAAGAUGGCCAGGAGAUUAAGCCCAGCCGUCGACAUACGAUAAGGGCACAGGGUCGGGAGCGAAGCAUCACUAUCCACCAGCUAAUGCUAGACAAUGCUGGGGAAUAUGCCUGUGAAUCCACAGACGAUAAGACUUUUGCCACUGUCGGUGUAGAAAUGCCUCCACCUACUGUCGAGAUUAUCGCAGAGCUACACAAUAUCACUGUACUGGAGGGGGAAGAUGCUACAUUUAAGUGUGUGGUUUCGCCAGAGGACACACAGCUAGUGUGGAGCCUGAGCGGCCGGCCUAUAGCUCCAAAUGAGAGGUUUGUCAUUUCAAGUAAUGGACUGUGCCACAUGCUGUGCAUUUACAACUGCCAGGUCUCAGACUGCGCCACGGUGACUGCCGAGGCAGGAGGGCUGGUGUCUGAAGCAAACCUCCAGGUUCAAGAACAACAAGUGUUGUUCACCAAAAACAUGGUGCCCGUUGUGGCUGAGCAAUUCGGGGAGGCUACCCUGGAGGUGGAGGUGGGUCUCGACUCUGGAGAGGUGCAAUGGAUGAGGCAGGGUGUAGUCAUCCACCCGGGGCCAAAGUUCACCCUGAAGCAAAAGUGCCGGCGACGGAGCCUCACCAUCCACAAGCUCACCCUUUCUGACCGGGGCACCUACAGUUGCGAAACUCUCCACGACCGCACGCAAGCCCAACUCAUCGUGGAACCCAGAAAAAUUACAAUUCGGAGAGGACUCACUGACAUCCAAACCAUUCAACGUGAAACAGCAUCCUUCGAGGUGGAGCUGUCUCACAGCAAUGUAGAAGCCACUUGGCUAAAAGAUGGGAACCAGCUAAAGCCCAACAACCACUGGCGCAUGAGUGCCAAAGGGUGUGUCCACAGCCUCACCAUCUCCAACCUUUCCUUGGACGACACAGGCACAUUUGUGUUAUCGGCGGAAAAUGUGAAAUCAUCUGCAAGGCUCAUUGUUAAAGAGCCACCAGUGACAGUCAUUAAAAAACUGGAGGACUUGCGCUUUCCAGAAGCAGCUGUGGCAUCAAUGGAUUGUGAGCUAUCAAGGCCUCAUGUUGAAGUGAAAUGGAUGAAGAAUGGGAUCGAGGUGAAACCACGCAAGGAUUUGCGUAUUUAUGCUAUGGGAAGAAAACACUACUUCCAAAUCCUGAAGUGUGAAGUCAGUGAUUCUGGCACAUACACAUGUGACGCUGGAGACUCCAGUACAUCCUGCAAUAUAGCGGUCUACGAACGGGAGCUUGUGGUCCUGCAAGGCCUGGAGGACCUGGACAUACAGGAAGACCAGAAUGCUGUGUUUGUAGUUGAGAUCUCCCUGGAGGAUGUGCCUGGAGAGUGGUUAAAAAAUGGAGUGAGAAUUACACCAACCAGCACCAUCAAGAUCCGCCAGGAAGGGACCAAGCAUUUUCUUCUAAUGUGCAACGUGAGAGGAGAGGACUCCGGAGAGAUCAAGUUUGUCGCCAAACACGUGGAAUGCACAGCCUAUCUGGAGGUGGAGGAGCUUCCAUUGAACAUAACGAACCCUCUCCAGGACAAGGUAGCUCUUGAGAGGAGUCGUGCGAUCAUGGACUGCUCAGUAUCCAACCCUCGGUGCAGUAUCCGCUGGUACAAAGGCAGCAAUGUCAUCCUGCCCUCAGAGCGCUUUGAGAUCUGCAGUGAGGGCUGCUAUCGCAAGCUGGUCAUUCAACAGGUGGCACUGGACGAUGAGGGAACCUAUAGUGUGCAGGUUGGAGAGCACACAUGCUCUGCGAAACUGACUGUAGAAGCCCAGUCUCUCCUGAUGGUGAGGGAACUGAAGAGCGUGGAGGUGGUUGCCCCGGAUGAGGCCUGCUUCGAGUGUGAGGUCUCGGUCCCCGUCCUCAAAGCCCCCGUGUGGAGCCUGAAGGGGGAGGCCCUGCAGCAGGGGCCCAAAGUCAGCCUAGAGAAGAUGGGCAUGGUCCACCGCCUCACCCUCCGACAGACCUCUGUUGACAUGAACGGCUUGGUGGAGUUCACAUCGGGAAAAGCCAAGAGCAGCGCCGAGCUCCACGUCAAGAGUGAUCCUUGACAGACGCAGUAUCGUCGUGAUGCAGUGUCAACAUCAGAAUGAGAUGGAUCGAUAUUUUAUUCACCAAUUUAUUUGUGUUCAUAUUUGUCAUGUGAAAUUGGAAUGUAUGGAAUAGAAUUGUAAGAUAUAUUGCUGUCUUUAAAAAGGGGGUGAAUAUUGUGUCAAAAUGAACAAUAAGUUAUUGAAAUAUUUUGUAUAAUUAUUUCCCAAUGCUGAUACCCCUAUUCACUUGAAACAAUGUCCUCUAAAGAGGCUCUUGGUAAAUAUCAACCAACAUACGUACAGAGUUGACUAAAUUGUCUCUCUGAAUACGAGCAAGUAAUUCAUCCAUAAAAUGACAUGUAAUAUAAACAUUUUAUGUAAUAUAAAAAUGUGUUCUAAAGUCAAUCGUAAAAAUACAGUUGGAGAAUGCAAUUGAUUACAGGCGUGGGACCGAAUCCUAACUUGAGAUCCAUGUUUGAGUGGCAUUUGCUUGCAAAUCUGACAUAGAUAUGAAUGCAUGCUUUAUGCAAAAGUCUGAGUUGUGCACUGGCAUCCUAUGUCAGAAUUUGGGCCAUAAUGGUUACUUAUAGCAAGUAUUGAGAAACUGUAAGUUGUUUAGAAGUGACGAAUCCUAACGAGCUACCAACUUUUUCACAUAAAUCUCCCUUUGACAUCAAUGCAUUUAUCUAGAACUUUGAGAUACACAUUUUUCUCAAGUUAGGAUUCAGUCCUAAGUUUAAAAAGGUUCUUAAAAGGUUCCAUUAGUUCUAUUUACUUUAAGUGUCCAUUUAGUCAGUCAGUCAAGCUGUUUGAGGAACAGCGCCAUUCUCGCUCUCAAAUUUCUUUAUCAUCAUUACUUAUAAUUGCAUAAUUUCAUUUGUAUUUUUCAUCACGUGUCCACUGUAUAGACAUCGUUUUUUACAUUUUGAAGUUGUUUUGUGGAGGCAGAAAUUCAAGCUACUAUGAAGAAUGGGUUCUGUCAAGUAGUAUUGGGCUUGUAAUAUAAAUACAUUGGGCCAAAAUUGGUUAAUUUAGAAAGGUAGUUAAUAUUGAUAAUUUUCUUAGAUUAUAUUCAAGUUUAAAUGCAGAGUUACCUGAGUAAUAUAUAUUGUAUUGAAUAAUUAAUGAAUAUGGUUUUCAUAUGAAGUGAUGUCAGUUCCAUAUUAUUUUUUUCUUUUCAAUUUCAUUUGUUUCCAACACCCCCCAUUGUAUUGAAUUGCUCCAUUAGUGUAUGCAGGAAUAAUUGUAAUGGGAUAUUACCUCUUUCAAUAAAUCAUGCUUUAUUAUGGUAAAGUACAAA